GACUGAACUGCGGCUACAGAAGCAACAAGUGGACCUUUCAAGAUGCAUACAGGGCUGCGAGAAAUGAAGGUAGACACUGGAGAGACCAACGAAGGGAGGAAGAAGCAUGUUUCCUGGGUUUAAUAGGAAAAACUUGCUUUCUGCAAACAACUGAGAAAACUGCCCUUGGAAACUGUUUCUUUGGUCCACAUGGAGCAGCUGGAACUUACACUGUGAGGCCCUUGACGGGACAGGCGCUCACCCCCCGUCAGCCAGUGUGAUUGUCGCCAUGGCUAGCAAGAGGAAGUCCACCACCCCGUGCAUGAUCCCUGUGAAGACCAUGGUGCUACAGGACGCCAGUGCGGAGGCCCAGCCCGCCGAGGCUUUACCAGAAGGACCCCAGCAGGAGCUGCCCCCCGAAGCGCCUGCCAGCAGCAGCGAGGCUGCCCCGACACCCAGCAGUACUGAUGGCCCCGCCCUGGCCAACGGGCACCGGGGCACGUUGGACGGCUAUUCGUAUUCCUGCAAAUACUGUGAUUUCAGAUCCCAGGACAUAACUCAGUUUGUGGGACAUAUGAACUCAGAGCACCCAGACUUUAAUAAGGAUCCAACUUUUGUAUGCACUGAAUGCAGUUUUCUGGCAAAAACUCCUGAGGGCCUUUCUCUGCACAAUGCCAAGUGUCACUCGGGAGAAGCCAGCUUUGUAUGGAAUGUGGCCAAGCCAGACAAUCAUGUGGUCGUGGAGCAGAGCGUCCCCGAGAGCACCUGUGCUCCCGACACACCGAGUGAGCCCAAUGCUGAAGGGACUGACGGACAGGCCGAAAUCAUCAUUACCAAAACUCCAAUCAUGAAGAUAAUGAAAGGCAAAGCUGAAGCCAAAAAAAUUCAUACGCUCAAGGAGAACAUGCCCAGUCAGCCUGUGGGUGACACGGCCUUACCAAACCCACCAUCUGGGGAGACCGAGGCGAAGGAGGGGGACCACCCCUUUGUCAAUGGGGCGGUCCCGGUCAGUCAGCCGGCCGCCAGCUCGGCCAAAGGGCCACACGCAGCCAACGGGCCCCUGCUGGGAGCGGUGCCGGUCCUGCCGGCCGGCAUAGCGCAGUUCCUCCCCCUGCAGCAGCCGCCCCCCGUGCACGCCCAGCACCAUGGGCACCAGCCGCUGCCCACGUCCAAGUCCCUCCCCAAGGUGAUGAUCCCCCUGAGCAGCAUCCCCACCUACAAUGCGGCCAUGGACUCCAACAGCUUUCUGAAGAACUCGUUCCAUAAGUUCCCCUACCCAACCAAAGCGGAGCUCUGCUAUCUGACCGUGGUCACCAAGUACCCGGAAGAGCAGCUCAAGAUCUGGUUCACAGCCCAGAGGCUGAAGCAGGGCAUCAGCUGGUCCCCCGAGGAGAUUGAGGAUGCCCGGAAGAAGAUGUUCAACACGGUCAUUCAGUCCGUUCCCCAGCCCACGAUCACCGUCCUCAACACGCCCCUGGUGGCCAAUGCCGGCGGCGUCCAGCACCUCAUCCAGGCCGCCCUCCCGGGUCACGUGGUGGGGCAGCCGGAGGGCACGGCGGGCGGCUUGCUGGUCACGCAGCCGCUGAUGGCCAAUGGGCUGCAGGCGCCCGGCUCGUCCCUGCCGCCCGCCGUCACGUCGGUGCCCAAGCAGCCCCCCGCGGCGCCCAUUAACACGGUGUGCUCCAACACGGCGUCGGCGGUGAAGGUGGUCAACGCGGCCCAGUCGCUGCUCACGGCGUGCCCCAGCAUCACCUCGCAAGCCUUCCUGGACGCCAGCAUCUACAAGAACAAGAAGUCUCACGAGCAGCUGUCCGCCCUGAAGGGAAGUUUCUGUCGGAACCAGUUCCCAGGGCAGAGCGAGGUGGAGCACCUGACCAAGGUGACCGGCCUCAGCACCAGGGAGGUGCGCAAGUGGUUCAGCGACCGCAGGUACCACUGCCGGAACCUGAAGGGCUCCAGGGCCGUGCUGCCCGGCGACCCUGGUGCCGUCGUCAUUGACCCCGGGCCCGAGGCGCCCUGCUCUCCGGCGGUGGCCAAGGCCCCCGAGGUGCCCUGCGUCCCGCCAGCCGCCACCCUGGCAGCCCCCCCUUCCGCCAGACGCCAGGCCUGGCACCAGACCCCCGAUUUCACCCCAACCAAGUACAAGGAGCGAGCCCCAGAGCAGCUCAGAGCCCUGGAGAGCAGUUUUGCACAAAACCCCCUUCCUCCCGACGAGGAGCUGGACCGCCUGAGGACUGAAACCAAGAUGACCCGGAGAGAGAUCGACAGCUGGUUCUCGGAGAGGCGGAAGAGAGUGAGUGCCGAGGACCCCAGGAGGGCCGACGAGGGCCCCGGCCCGGAUGAGGAGGCCGUGGCGGCUGCCGAGGACGAGGCGGGAGAAGGGGAGCUGGUGGGGGACCUGAGGGUCCCCGGCGAAGACGGCUCCCUGGAAGGGCUCGGCAGCCACGCCCUGGCAGAGCGCAAGGUCAGCCCCAUCAAAAUCAACCUCAAGAACCUGCGGGUCACCGAGGCCAACGGCAGGAGCGAGCUCCCGGGGCCGGGCGCCUGCGAGCCCGAAGAGGAGGGGCCCGGCAAGCCUGCGGAGCAGCCCCCAGGCAAGGCAAGCUGCAAGAAGACGGCCCCGCAGCGGCACCUGCUGCGCCGGCUCUUCGUGCAGACACGGUGGCCCAGCACCCAGGACUAUGACGCCAUCACGGCCCAGACCGGCCUGCCGCGGCCCGAGGUGGUGCGCUGGUUCGGGGACAGCAGGUACGCCCUGAAGAACGGCCAGCUCAAGUGGUACGAAGACUAUAAGCGGGGCAACUUCCCUCCGGGGCUGCUGGUCAUCGCCCCUGGCAACCGGGAGCUGCUGCAGGACUACUACGGGACGCACAAGACGCUGCGGGAGGAGGACCUGCAGAGCCUCUGCGACCAGACCCAGAUGAGCUCCCAGCAGGUCAAGCAGUGGUUUGCGGAGAAGAUGGGCGAGGACACCCGGGCUGUGGCGGACACGGGCGGCGAGGACCAGGGCGCCCGUGAGCCUGCAGCCGUGCACAAAGGGACUGGGGACGCCUAUGCAGAGGUGUCGGAAAACAGUGAGUCGUGGGAGCCCGGCGCCCCUGAGGCCAGCUUGGAGCCCUUUGACACCCGGAGUCCCCAGGCUGGACUUCAGCUGGAAACAGACUGAAUGGGAACUGCUCACUUUGAAGGACUGGCCCGUCUGGGACGCCGCCUGCCAUGGGGAAGGGCUCACCCCGCCUCCGCGGCCACACGCCGCUCCCAUGCCCGCCGCCGCCGGGCUCGCCCGGAGCUUCUGGAGGCCUCGCCGCCCGCCCAGAGCCUGCCGCCGCCGCCCAGUGCGCCCGGGGAGAGCAGAGUGCUUGUCAGUCCUUCCUCCCACCACGUAGGACCUUUCCUUUGCCUUCCAGUGGAUAAAAUAGUUCGGAGUUCAUAUUCAUAGACACGGAAUCAAGUUUUUAACCUAUAAAUCCGCCUAUCCACAUUUAAUAAAACAUCCGAUUACGAACGCUUUCGUCACGUAGAAAGCUGGGUUAGCCAGCAGCGCGGGGUCUCGCGUCCUCUCUGCAGACGCCCUGUGUCUGUUCUCUGCAGCUCGCGAAGCCCUGGGCGCCCCCGCGCUCCUCAGUAAGGCGGCGUCUGCCCAGGCCGCUGCCCGAGGGGGCCUUGCCCGGCCCUGCCCUGGGGGCGCCGCGGCGGGCGCCGGCCACCUGCUAGUGCUCGCUCCCCGGGCUCGGAAGCCGUCGCAGCCACACUGCUUGUUCGUGGGAGUUUGAAUCAUGGACCAGAACUUUUCAGUUAUCAGAUCAAGUUCUUGAGGCAUUUGUUGUCAAGCCCGAUGUACUGACCGCCGUGCCCACGUUUUUGUUGUUGUUUUUCAGUCUAGAUGUUCUGAGAGUGAGAGGAAAACUGAGGAAAGGAGCAGGCGGGGCCGAACGCAGAAGUGCACGGCCCCAGCGUGCGGCUCUGGCCGCUGUGGUUGUCGCAGCCCUUGACCCCCACUCCCUUCACGGCCGCCAGCAGUCUGGGAAGGAAGACCCGCGCUCCGCUGGGAGUAAGAGCGAACGCUCUGGGAUCUGGGGAGCCAGGAGCUGUCAGAGCGGGGGUGGUCCUCGGCACGGACACCUGCAGAUGGGGGGUCCUGGCCGGACACCCAGGGUGCUCGUGGCCCCCCCGCGCCGAGGGCCUGGCUGGGUGCUGGGCAUCACUGGACAGGCCCUUGUGAGGAUUUUAUAUUCCCAGAUUUGGAAACAAGAUCUUCUUUAGCCUAAUCCUCAUACCAUUUUUUUUAUUGAGAAAAAUCACAGGAAAAGGUGCUUUUGAAACACUGGGCAACUUGCUUACAAAGCUGUACGACUUGGUAAAUCGCUGUUUCCCCAAAACUGGCUGUUCUGAGAGCAGCGGGCGAAGGUGGGGCAGGCGGAAGUCAUGUCCCCGGCAGCUCCACUCGCCUGCCAGAGACCACCUGCUUCCCUAAGCCUGUGAGCUUCCCCAAGGCCCUGUGAACAUGCUCCUCCUGGGCCCGGGCUGGGGGGGCAGCACAAAGCGGCCCCAGAGAGAGAGGGCGGGGGCUUCAGGCUCGACAGGCUGGCGGGAGGGUAGGCGCUGUCUCCCUGACCCUACCCAGAACUGAACUGGGUGCGGCCCCUUGCUGUCUUGGCUCCAAGGACGAAGAUGGUGGUGGCACGGUUUGCCUUCCAGGAGACGGCUUUCUCCGGACAGCAGAAGCCCUUGAGCCCCUGCUCUUCUAGAGUGUCUUCUCCCGCUCUCCCAGGCCCAGUAGGGACCACCUCUGAGUUGUUUCAAACAUGAUGUACAAGUACUUGGCAAGUUCCGCACCCUGUGUUUGUGUCCUUUUCAUUUGAGUGUGAAGCCUUUAGCCCCAAAGACCUCGUGGCAGAAUUGCCCAUGGUGAGUGAUUGCCUUCCUGCAGAGAACAGACACCUGGAAUUUUUCAUUUAGGGUUUAUGUACAUGCAGAUUAAUUUAUAUAUACGCAUAGAUAUAGUACAGAUGCUCAUUCGAUACUUGUAAAAUGUCCACCUGAGGUAUACACUUGAGGAAGCUCCCGGCACGUGGCUGCUGGGGAAAGGAGCCUGCGUCAGAGGGAAUGCCAGGCCCAAGGUGCCACUGCGGCGGCCUGGCCGGAAACCAUCUGAGUGUUGGCGACACCGGCCUGCCGGCCUCCCUCUGAGCCCCGCAUUGGCCAGAGGGUUUUAAAGAGAAUUUUCUCGGUUAUUUAGCUUGUGUUCAUAUUUCAUUUACAACCCAAACAGCAACACAAAAAAUAAAUUUCAUGGUGGACAAGUUCACAUAGGACACAGCGACCCAGCCUCAGAACCAGCCUGUCUCUAGACAGUGGAGAAGCUGCAGGCUUGCCUGCCUGGGCGUGUUUUCCUCACAGCUCUUAGCCCUGCCACGAAUGGCAAGACGGCCCAGGGAAGGCCCCCAGCAGCCUAGAGAGGCCCACCCCCUUGCUGUGGGCUUGGACCCGAGCGAAUAGUGGGUUGGAGCCUCACGGUCACAAAAAAUCACGGUCACGGUGAUGGCGAGCAAGAUGGCUGGGUCAGCGAGCCAGUGCCCAGGGCUCUGGGUGCUCGGGGAAUACUGCUCACCCGACACGGAGACCCACACAGGCCUGGAGGGCAGUGGCGGGGGCUUGCGGGGAGUGUGGGCCGCAGCAGACAGCCCUGUGUCCUGUCACAGGACAGGUCACCGUGGUUUUGCACGCCGUCAAAGCGUGUCUGUGAUGUCACCUCUGGCAGAAGGCGGUCUGUGGGCUGCAGAGUUGAGACGUGGGGUUAGUCCCCCCUGAAGAAAGCCUGUUGUAUAAGAUGACUCAUCUUUCUCCUCUGUAUGCACGUGGCCUCGUCACAGAUAGUAAACAUUUCAGUGUUUCUCGUC